CUGUCCCGCAGGAGGAAGAGAGACACGGAGGGCUUCGGCGAGGAGUCGAGGGAACCCACGACCGGUGAUAAUAUCAGAGAGUUUUUGCUGAGUCUCAGGUAUUUUCGAAUCUUCAUUGCCUUGUGGAAUGUCUUCAUGAUGUUCUGCAUGAUUGUGUUAUUUGGAUCUUGAAAGUCGUCCACAAACAUGUCUGUUAACUUGGAAGAGACUUUUGGCUGGAAACAUAACUUUUCUAUAAAGUAAACGAUUAUAAUGCUUUCAAAAUACAGCCCUGGGAUUGUGGCCUGUUCUUCGGUACAAGCUCCUAACACGCUCAAGGGACAGGAGACGUUCGUCCUCUUCAGCCGGUCGUGCAAUAAUACGGUGCAUGCCGGUUCGCUUGCUGCCGGCGGGAUUGAGCCUUUAGGCCCCCGAACCAAAAUCUUCAAAGUAAAAUUAUUUCAACUUUGCUGAAAUAAAGAGAACUUUAAACUGUUUUGCUAGGCUUAGAGUGCAGUGCCUAGUAUGCAGAGUAGAAUUGCGGCAUGGCUGAAGACCACAGGCUUUAAAACUCUGGUGUUAGUUGCUCCCAGCUCCUGAUGUGUCUGCUGAUGUCACCAUUGUCGAGGUUACUUGGAAGUCGUACUUCUUAAUUCUCCUUUUUAUAAAGUUGAGCAAAGCAUUGGUGUAACUUCUCACCGUUCCAUCUAGUUUUGUUGGAGAAAUAGAAAAGGAUGAUUAAGAAAAAUUGGAUUCUCACCUUCUGUUUUUCCAACAAAAUGCUUUUUAAAUUAAAAUUUCAAAGAUAAGAUUUUUUUUUCUAAGCAAUAUGUAAGGGAUUUUUGCAUAGGAAAAACAGCAAAAAUAAUUCUAUAAGCCAAUCCUAAGGAAUAGUUUUGGAAUAAUCUUGGAUUUGGUUGAAUAAAGUUGUUCUGUUUAAGGGUAAAAUAUUUAAUUCCGUGUUCAUUCUGUUACAGGAGAAAUCAAUUCAGUAUUGGUGUGUUUUGAGAAAUUUUCACUAGUCUUGUAAUUGUCUGGCUUCUUGUGUUAUUUAUGUUAAGUUAGCCUCUUUGACCAGCAACUUUUCUCCAGCAUCACCAAGACAAUUUAAGAGAGCGUGCCGUGCUGGGUAUCUUUUAAAUCAAACCGUAAACUGUUGGUGGGGCUUCCUCGGCUUCGGUUUCUUUAGCUGUCCGACUGUGGAGAAGGAGCGAGAGGCCUCAUUUAAAUGAUUCUGAGGCUCAGGUUUUAGCGAAUACCUUGAAUUUUAAUCCGGAUGCAGUCGGGUAGUCAGGCACAAGUGGUGGGCACUCGCAGCAGUUUACUCGAGCCACCCUCUUUUGCAUUACCUGAAGUUUUUAUGCUUGCUUUUGGGGAAAGAUAGUUUGAGGGAAGAUGCCUUGGCGUAAUGAAAAUAGAAAAGGGAUCCUUCGAGUGCGGUUUGUCAUGGCAUCCAAACAAAAUCCAGUGCUUUUAUAUAGUUCUUGGAAAACAUUUUCUCCCUAAUAGCCAUUAAACCAAGUCUUCCCCUGGAACGUAAAGGGGAGGGGUGGAAGCGGCCGUCGCCGUCUGUGCGUAACCCGCCGGAGGCCCCUGGACUCGGCACCGCAGCACUCGGGCUCGGAUUCGGACUAGGGGGUUUCAUUCUUCCUUGGAAAAAUGGUUGAUCCUGUGCAGAACUGGCAUUCUGCUUUCUGAGCAACGCUUUGAAUAUGGUGAAUACAAGAAACCGAAGACGAUCAAGCUCUACUGGUAAAGGAACACAGACAAUUUCAUCGCUCUAAAUAGGUUAUGUGGCUUAAUGGCGCUGCUGCCACCUCAAGAUUUCAGUUGUUCAAAAGAAUAAAAGUUGUCAUUCGGCCCCUAAGCAGGUGCUUUAAAAAUGCCUAGUUAGUUCUGAGCUGCUCUUAAAUGCUUUGGGAAGUGUAAAUGCUGGGCCGAUCGCUGGUUGCCUUUCACUAAGGGUUUGUUGUUGUACGGCUGCUUUUGUGCCGAGUCCAUUUUUGUAUUACAAGCUUCUGAAAACCUG